GUCACGACCGGUGUACACAUAGAGAUAUAGCCAAUCCGGUACAUUCGCGCUUAUUUUAAACAGAUAAAGUAGAAAUAUGAAUUUCUUUCUCUUUUAUCUACUUACAAGUAUUACUGUAAGUACAGAUAUUACAGGCUGCAAAGAUGUUUUGAUGACCGAGAAUAAAGACUGUUUUGACGGAUAUAAAACAUACUUGGCUAAUCUCGGCAACAGCGGAGCAGAUUCCUCACAAAUAUUGUCACUUCUUUGCAGAGAUGAGGGUAGAGCGGCAACAAAUUGUUUAAAACCACUUCUAGAUGAAUGUAAGGAGCUUGCAGAUGAUGAUAUGUAUCUAGUAUUUACAGUACUUGAUACAAUGGGCGGAUGUGAAGUACUGGAAUCUCCAGAAACCAUAGUAGAUGUCAAUGGGGAAAUGUCCAAUGAUGGUACCGAAAUUGUUGAUGAAGUGGACCAUGACAUCGCAAAUUAUACAACACUGUUUGCCAAAUUACAAGAAGAAAGUAAAGCAAUUUGCAGCAAUUGGACAGAAAAGCUUCAAUGUUCAGACAACACGUGUCCAAAAGUUGAAAGACAAGAAAACAAAUCCAAACAGAGGAGGUCAAAUCAAACUGGUCUUUCGUUCGAUGUUCAACUUUUAAAAUUUCAGUGCCCUCUCUUUUCACCAGAUUACUAUGAAGACGGCUGUUUGGAGGAUAGAUUGACGACAGAUCUCCAAUAUAUCACUUGCUUCAAUAAUGCCACCAAUUUUAUGAAAACGAAUCUGACUUGCGAGCAGUAUAAAAGCGCCUAUGACUGUGUAAAGACAGCUAUCAAACCAUGCAAGGAUGGACAUAAGGAAGCGUUUUUAAAUACAACAAAUAUCUACAUUGAUGUUAUGUUUGAGAGGGAUUGUAAAAUUGAGAUUGGGAAGGCGAUAACCAAGGAGAAUACCGUAGAGAAGGCAACGAGUAACGCCUAUGUCAACAUGCUUUCAUUUAAUACUAUGUUUAUUAGCAUUGCUAUUGUCUUAACUUUUUUGUAUUAAAUGGGUAAUUUUCAUUGAAUAGUGGUAUCUAAGGAAUAUGUUAAAGGACAAAACCAAGCACUCGACAUUUUCUUCAGCUUUUUGCAUACUUAGUCUGGCAAAACAUUUUGCAACAAAAUAUGAUGGUCAGCUAACAUGACGCAACAAAAUCAGUAUUUCUGGACUGUUUUAGUAUCAUCAAUUAUUUACAUUUGUAUUUAUCCAAUAUAUCGAAAUUUCAUUCGCUAAAUGAUAUACAAAGUGUUCAAUUAUUCUGUUACAAUUAUCAAUAUUGAAAUAUCGAUUAUUAUAUUAUAAACUAGAAAUGUGUCGUCAUGCCACGAAUGGCCCCGCAUGCAGCAAAAAUUUCAAAUUUUUAAAAAUAUUUAGUUCCAUAUUUUUUUGCACAAACUAUUUUUUCAUUCUUAUUCCAAAGCCCUUCAACUAUUCAAUGUUACCACAAACCAUUUUUAGACAAAGUUCAAGGCAAUUAAAGUAUUCAGUGCUAACCUUUUUUUUAAAUUGCACUUUGCAUAUUUGUAGCUGACUAGAUACAUUUCAACAAAAGUAAGAGUGCGGAAACAGAACAUUUCAAUUUUUUUUCAACGUUCAAGAGAGAUAACUUUGUCCAAAAUCAUCAAACCAUGACCAAAUUCAAACUUGGCCUGCUUAUUCAUAAGAUGUAAGAUGUUAAAUUUGAGUUGUAUAACUCUUGGGGAGAGAAUGAACAGAAACUAAAAAAUUCUCUUUUUUUUCCAAAGUUUAUGAGGGAUAUCUUUGUCAAAAUUAUCAAUGGCCAAAUUCAAAUCUGACCAGGGUUAUCCUAUGACAUAUCCAUAUAUUAAAUUUGAGUUAGUACUAAUGGCUGGGAGAUAACGAGCAGAAACUGAAAAUUGCCCCUUUUUUCAAAGGUAAAGGGGCAUAACUCAGCCAAAACUCAUUGAACCAUGACCAAAUUCGAACUUUACCUACCCAGUCCUUUAAUGUAUCUAUAUAUCAAAUUGAGUUGAAUAUGUACAGUUAGUAGGGACAAAAUGAAUGGCAACUGAAAAAAAUCAAAGCGAAAUGGGCAUUAUAACUCUUUUAAAAAUCAUCAAACCAUGACAAAAUUAGAAAUUUGCCUGCUGAUUCCUUUGACGCAUCAAUAUGUAAAAUUUGAGUUGAAUGUGUUCUACCGUUGGAGAGAUAAUGAACGUAAACUGGAAUUUUCUUAUUUUUUUCAAAGUUAAGGGCAUAUCUCAAUCAUUAAAUCAGGACAAAAUUCAAACUUUACCUGCACAUUUCUAUGACAUAUCCAUAUAUGAAAUUUGAGUUGAAUGUACAUACUUGUUUGGGAGAUCAUAGACGGAAACUGAAAAUGUCCUUUUUAAGUUAAAGGGGCAUAACUCUGCAAAAAAAAUCAUCAAACAAUGAUCAAAUUCGAAAUUGACCUGCGCAUUCAUUUGACGUAUCCAUAUUUCAAAUGUGAGUUGAAUGUGUACAACUGUUUGGGAGAUAAUUAACGGAACUGAAUUUGAUCAAGGGGCAUAACUCUGCCAAAAAUCAUGGGGCCAUGACCAAAUUCGAACUUGACCCGCAUUUUCCUUUGAUAUAUCCAUAUGUUAACUUUGAGUUGAAUAUGUGCAAUCGUUAUCAAGAUAAUGAUCGGAAACUGAUGAUGACGGAAGGACGGAAUGACGGAACGGGGUAACACUAUAUGCCCCUAACAUUUUAUACGGGGGAAUAUAUAUAUAUAAGUUGCAUUGAAAUGCAGUGUUCAUUUAAAUGUGUUCAAGUUAGUAUGUGUUCAACCAUAUGUGUUCCUUUUUGCUAUCCUUGCCGAUGCCGAUGUGUUGCUAGGUUGUGUCAUAGAACACUUCAUUAAAUGCCAAGUGUCUAUGUUGAUCUUUGUUUUCAUAAUUCAUGGUAGUGUCAGUUAAAGAACAAACUUUUUUUGAUUAAUUUUUAAGGUGAUCGAAUCUAUUUUGUUUAUCAUGACAAGUACUGUUGUAAAGUUGGA